UGAAUCUUAAGGAUCCUUCAUAUAACUUAAGGGGUGCUGAUGACAGAAAUUGGUGAUAAUUUGGAUAAAUCUGAUGUGUCCUCAUUAAUUUUCCUCAUGAGGGAUUAUAUGGGCCGGGGCAAGACAGCCAAGGAUAAGAGUUUCUUGGAUCUUGUGAUUGAAAUGGAGAAACUGAACCUACUUGCUCCAGAUCAAUUGGACUUACUGGAAAAAUGUUUAAAGAACAUCCACAGAAUAGACCUCAAGACAAAGAUCCAGAAUUACAAACAGUCUGCUCAAAAAACGGAAAACAGUUAUAUAAAUGCUCUCCAGGCACCUGUCCCAAACUUGAAUCUUAAGGAUCCUUCAUAUAACUUAAGGCUCCAGAAUGGGAGAAGUAGAGAACAAAGACUCAUUGUGGAACAACUUCAAAGAGAACCAGUGAAGAAAUCUAUUCAGGAAUCAGGAGCAUUUCUGUCUCAGGUGCCUCAGAAUAUACCAGAGGAGAGAUACAGGAUGCAGAGCAAUCCCCUAGGCAUCUGCCUUAUCAUCGACUGCAUUGGCAAUGACACAGAGGUUCUUCGGGACACCUUCGCUUCCCUGGGCUAUCAAGUCCAGUAUUUCCUCUAUCAAAGUGUGAGAAACAUAAUCCAAAUCCUCCACAAAGUUGCCCGUAUGCCGCAACACCAGUACUACGACAGCUUCGUGUGUGUGCUGGUGAGCCGAGGGUGCUCCCAGAGCGUGUUUGGAGUGGAUGACGCUCACUCGGGGUUCUCUUUGGAGCAGAUCAGGAGGAUGUUCAUGGGAGACGCAUGUCCUUCCCUCUUAGGGAAGCCAAAACUCUUUUUUAUUCAGAACUACGUGGUUUCAGAGAGGCAGCAGGAGGACAACAGCCUCCUGGAAGUGGACAGCCCAGCAGUGAAUAAUGCAGAAGCCACGGACAGGCAGCCCGGGCCAUGCACAGUUCACCGGGAAGCUGACUUCUUCUGGAGCCUGUGCAGAGCGGACGUGUUCCUGCUGGAGCGGGCCUCCACCGCGCCCUCGGUGUACCUGCAGUACCUCUCCCAGAAACUGGGGCAAGAAAGCAAACGCCCUCUCCUGGAUCUCCAUCUUGAACUGAAUGACCGCGUGUAUGAUUGGAACAGCAGAGUGUCUGCUAAGGAGAAGUACUGUGUUUGGCUGCAACACACUCUGAGAAAGAAACUCAUUCUUUCUUACAAAUGAAAUACUGAAAGCUCUCUUAAGCCCUGCUCUGCCCCUCAGUCUCCAUCACUUGUCAGAGUAGCCUGCAAGCAAGUGUGCAUAAGUGAUGAAUGUGAGGCGAGGUCCUGGUCCAUGCUGAAAAAGACCCUUGGGGAAGAAUGCUUGGCUGGAAAGGUGUCUGAGCUUCGAAGAUGAGGUAUUGAUCUCUAUUGUGAAACAAUGUUUGCAUGAAACAGCUCACUAGGUCAAUGAGGGAAAGAAAAAGACUUGGAAACUUUAAAAACCUAGCACUGGUUGAAUUGAGCAUCUCAGGAACAUGUUGCCUUCCAUGGUAAAGGUCAAGCAAACAGCUACAGAAAGGCUCAUUCAGAGUGUCUGCAAUCUCAAAGUAACCUGUGGGAAUCCAUGCUCCAUACAGAAAAGAAAAACCAAAAUACAAAGCAAUGAAAUUAGAAUUUAACAAACCCCCAUAAUAUUUAUCAGAGGCAGCCACAGUUACCCAAAACUUUGGUGUAUUGCUUGCCGAAAGUUUUCUUUCAGUUUUCACAUUUGUAUUGGGUGCCAUAGGAGAGAAACCCUCUGCCCUGUUGGUGGAGGUGCUCACACUGUUUCUUUGGUCAUGUCAAGCUUGGGCCCUGGGGCUCGGGGAGUAUCUGGCAACAUUGGACAUGUCCCUGGCAUCUCCGUGGGACACGGGUGUGCUUUGCUUGUUUUUGGUGGUGUGCUUUGUGUAGGGGUUGAGAGGAGGCAGAAUUAUAGGCACCUAGUCCCUCAUUGGUGAGGGACUGAACCAGCACCAGCUCAUUGGUCCAGCCAUUCUUGAGGAAGGCAGUGAGUCUGGCUGCCAUCUUGGUCUCAGCAGCCUGCAAUUUUUUUUUCCAUACACAAUAUCUAGAUGUAAGACAGCAUGACUGUCUUAGUUUAGGCUGCUAAUAACAAAUUGUCACGGAAUGUAUGGCUGAAACAUUUAUUUCUCACUGUUCUAGAGACUGAAUUCCAAGAUAAAGAUGUUGGCAAAUAUGGUGUCUGGUGAGACUCUGCUUCUAAGUUUGCAGACAAUCACCUUCUGCUUCCGUCCUCGCAGCGAGCAGAGAGAAAAAGGAAGCAAGUUCUUUUCUGUCUCUUUCUCUAAGGCCACUAAUCCCGCUCAUGAGGGCUGCACUCUCAUGACCUAAUUACCUCCCAAAGGCCCUACUUCCUUGGUGAUUAGGAUUUCAACCUUUGCAUUUAGAAUGGACACAAAGCAUUUGAUCCAGAAUGCUGGCAAAGCCCCUCUGUCAGAAUGGGACUCUAGGUAGUGCGCUGUGGAUUCUGCCUAAAACUCAGAUUUAACUUUUAAUUUUUUUAAAGAUCUCAAGUUGUUCAGUGUUCUUCAGUGCACAGCAACCUUGAAAGUGCCCUCUGUCAUUGCUCUUCACUUUGUAUUUCCUUUUACUCUUCAACCCUGUUGCCUGUAGCCUCUUUUCCCCAGCAUUUGUUGUGGGCUAGCACUAUAGAAUAUUUGAUGUAGCUCCUCAAAUAGGCAUACAUUCAACCUUAUAAAUGAGUUUUGUAAACUUGUGUUUUUCACUUAUGUAAAUAACAUGCUAUAAAAACAAAAUACCAGUCCUUAACACUGGUAGCUUGUCCAUUCAUCUUGGGACUUAAUGGUAUUUUAUUGUUAGUCAGGUACACUGCAUACUUGUUUCUUUCUUGGAUGGGAUGACACGUCCUAAAAAGAAAAUGCUGUUUUAAAAAUCUCACUUGAAGGCUUUUUAAAAUUUAUUUAUUUUUAUAUUUUUAAGUUGGUUGUAAGUGGUAUGUGUCUCUGUGUUGUUUGUUUUGACAUGGUUACUAAACAAAGGUUGAAAAACUUAGAAAGCAGAGUUUUCAGACUAUUUAUAAGUAGUUAUUUCUACUUUACUGGAUGCCUGAUGAUCUUUGAAGUACAUAUUGCUGAGGGAUGCCUGCAGGAAUAAUGUAUGUACUUGGUCUUCUGAGCCAGAACCCCACGUUCAUUAUUAGAGAGGGAAACUGUUGGAGAGGGAUCUUAAUGACCUGGCAGUUUUGGUGUCCUUCUCUGUCCCGUCCAGCCAGGGGAGAGCAUUUUUCCACUUAUUCUAUUUUUUUAUUAUAUAUCAAAAUAGCACAUUAAUAUAACAUUUUGGGUGGGAUCAUUGCUACUUUUACAAGUAUCUUUCCUCAAAAUGCUUCUUUGUCUCACAAAUGUACAAUGAAAAAUGCACAAAUGAAAAGUAUUUAUUUAUAUUACUUAAUAAUUUUAAAUAGUUUUCUAUAUUACUAAGAAAACAAGGGGGAUUGAGAGGGAUCACAGCCCCUGUGUUCUUACACAGGGGACUAUGGUGAUGGUGCAUGGGUGAAUACCUGAGAAAAGAAAGCAAACAUUGUAGAAAAAUGAGCAAUGAUGUAAAAUAUAUAUAAAUAAAUAUUUUUUUUUAAAAAAGAGGGACCUCCCUGGGAUUAAUUCAGUCUUACAGCUAUCAAGUUAUCACCAGCCACUGCAGCAUGAGUUGGAUUCCCCGGCAGGCCAGGUAGCUGACCCAAAUGGCGCAGCAGACCUCUCCUUUCUCUCCUGCUGCUCCCCUCAGCAGUAUAUUUCAGUAGAUCCUCCUGUUCUUCUCCCCAGUCUGUCUCUGGUGAAUCCUCUCACCCCUUGCACCUCUGGCCUGUACCCCUGUUCUUGUAUGUAUAAAUAACUAAAUAAAAUAAGUCUUAAAAAAUCAGAAUAUAGGGCCUCCCUGGUGGCGCAGCAGUUGAGCGCUGGGUUGUGAAGCUGCCUGCAGCCUCUGCGGCGCCGGUUCGAUCCCCGGCUGCUCCCCGGCCACCGGAGGAGGGUCCCGUAUGGCGCGCAGACCUCUCCUGCCGCCCGCUGCUCCCCUCAGCAGUGUACUUCAGUCCCUCUGCCUGCUCUGCUCCCGCUCUGGCUCUGGUGAAUUCUCUCACCCUCCCGCGCUUCUGACUGUACCCAGUGCAUGUAUAAACAAACAAACAAACAAAUAAAUAAAUAAAACAUGCCUCUAUAAAAAAUAAAUAAAAAUAAAAUUUAAAAAAAAAUCAGAAUAUAAAAAAAAUGAACCUACCAUAUGUCCCAGCAAUUCUAUUCCUAGGCAUCUACCCAAAGAAUACAAAAACACUACUUGAAGGGAUAUGUAUUCCCAUGUUCAUUGCAGCCAUAUUUACAGUAACUAAGUUAUAGAAACAGCCUAAGUGUCUAAGGAAGUAGAUCAGAAAAAUGUGGUAUACACUGUGUGUGUACACAGUGGAAUGCUACUCAGCUGUAACAAAGAUGAACUGCCAUUUGAGAUAACCUGAAUGGAACUGUAUAGGAUAAUGUUAAGUAAAAUAAGUCAGAAGGAAAAAGAAGCACAGGCUAGGGUCUCACUUAUAUAUGGAAUAUAGAGAAACAUAACAAAUGUCAGUAAAAACAAAUCAAUAAUAAGCUUUUAACAUCUGGCUGUAAAACUGAGGCAACCAGAGGAGGAGGGUCCUAGUCCUAGGGACUAGGACCCAAAGGAAUAUGAUGGAAGAUUGUUAGGACACUGGUGGUAGACAGGGUGUGAAAGAAUACAUUCGUAGAGGUUUGAACCUAUAAUCCCCAGAGUAGAUACAAAGAUGUAAAACUACCUCAACAAACACAAUUCUGGAAAGAAAAAAAAAAACCCCACAAUAAAAACUCAAAACACAGGGCCUCCCCGGUGGCGCAGCGGUUGAGCGCUGGGUUGCGAAGCUGCCCGCAGCCUCUGCAGUGCUGGUUCGAUUCCCGGCUGCUCCCCGGCCACUGGAGGAGGGUCCCACAUGGCGUGCAGACCUCUCCUGCCGCCCGCUGCUCCCCUCAGCAGUGUACCUCAGUCUGCCUGUUCUGCUCCCCGCUCUGGCUCUGGUGAAUUCUCUCACCCUCCCGCGCUUCUGACUGUACCCAGUUCUUGUAUAAAUAAAUAAAUACAUCUAAAAAAAAAAAAAAACAACUCAAAACACAAAAGCUGAACUUCUAUUAAUAAGGAAAAAGUAGGAUAUGGAGCUUCACUGUGGGGUAGUGAACAUUAGCUAUAUCAAAAGAAUGAGAACAAUCAUUUUAUGAUUGAAGAAACUGAGGCACACAGUUUUUAAGUGACUUGGUCACAAAUAUCAGAGAAUAAGACAUUGGUAGUACCAGGUCUGGAAUAUUAUCAACCCAUCUUAGGAUCUUUAGACAUUAGAACAGUAGAAAUAUGUAACACAUUCCUGGGAGGCGUCAUCUCUCUGCUCCUUGUGAGUCAUUAUUCUACCUUCCCAGCUCCUGUCCUCUCCCUGCAGAAAUAAAAGCAGGACCAUAGAUCUCACCUUAUCCUAUCUGCCUAUCAUGGUGAAAAUAUAAAACUUGGGCCUUCCUGAUGGUGCAAGGAUACUAUGAAGGUAUCCUCAGCCACUUCAGCACAAGUUUGAUCCCUGGCUAGGGAGCAAACCCACAGGGCACAACAAACCUCUCCUGUCUCACCCACUGCUCCCCUCAGCAUUGUAUUUCAAUCAAUCCGCCUGUCUGCUCCCCACUCUUUCUCUGGUGAAUCACUCCCCCACACCUCUGUCCUAUACCCCAGUUCUUGUAUGCAUAAAUAAAUAAAUCUUAGAAAAGAAAAAAAAAAUAUAAAACUUGGCAAAUCAGCAUUUUUUUUCCUCUUAAAAAAACCAAUCAUUUAUAUUGUACCUGUGUUUAUUUACUUUGGUAUGUUUCUUUUUUGUCUUUGAAUUGCAUUAUUUUUAUUAAGAUCAACUAUCAAUCAAUCCUCAGGUCCCCAAGAGAGGAAUGCUAAGUGUGUAUUUUGCUCACUGGCAAGGGUUAUGAGGUAAAGAGGAAUUGUAAGUCCAGAUCAAUGCUGACAAAAUGGGGGAAAGCCCUUGCCUCCCCAUGCCCACUUGACCGAAUUGAUUUGAGGAUGAAAUGAAAGUGCCUUUGUGAUUACACCAAGAAAAGAAUCUUAUAAUUUUAUUUAUUUAGUUUUCUUAGAUACAAGCCUUUGACUCUGCAUUUACUUUUGGGAUUGAAGUAUGCACAGGUAGAUAAGUUGGGACUCAUUCAGUUGAAAAUGAGAAAACACUACACAAAUCAACCUCCUCAGUGACUAUUAGACUGUACCUUUUACUCCCUUCACAGUCCCAAUCCUCCUGACUUCCUUUUUCCAUAAUAUUUACCACCUCUUAACAUGUUAUAACAUAUUAUCAUCUUUCUUUUUUUUACUUUUUUUAACUUUUAGUACUGAGGUAACAUUGGUUUCUAACAUUGCAUAUGAUUGAGAGAUACAGGUUAUACCUCUUCAGAUGCUUGUUAUCACACCACACCCACCACCAAGGCACCUGUAGUCCUCUCCCAUAGUCCACUGGGCUCUGAGCCCUUCUUCUCUCCCUGGGUGGCCCUGGUGAGAGAGUUCUUGUGACUGCUUUGGUGAUGCGAUGUGAAUGUAGCUGUUACUGUACUAUAGUAUUGAGGAGUUGUUUUGAAAACCCAGCCUUGAAAAAGUUGGUGGGAUUUUGGCAAGAUGAGAUGGAGAAGAGAAUAUGUUGCAAGAGAGGAAGUCAGUGACGUGAAGGGUCAGAGAGAUGAAAAUGCAAGGCAUUUUCUAGAAAUCUUGAGUGUAACUUUUAGCUGGAAUGGAGAGAACGUGAGCAAUGGUGGGUGGUAUAACAGAGAUGGUCACAGUUGGUGUGUGAAGAGACUUAAAGGCCCCAUCUUUGUCUGUUAGUCAAUUCUCAUGUAAGUUAUAUUUAUCACUUUCAUUGUGGAAUCUAUUAGAACAGUAACUCCUUUGGCAUCUUUGCAUAUGAACAUUUGAGUUCUAAAUGUUUGUCUUAUUCUUUUUCAUUGGCUAGUUUUUUAUGGAAUUGUUUUAGAAAUACUAGAGAAAACUAUAUAACAAUACAAUGUAUACCAUGUACCUGCAAUUAAGUCUAAAUAAAAUAUUCUGAAUAUAUGUGAAGACUCAAGCUAUUACUUUAAAUAUUAGUGCUAACUAGUCAUAAAAGAGAUAAAUACACCAAGAUAUUUCAAACCUUAUAAUGGCCCCAAGCAGAAUUAUCCAAGUGUUCAGUAACAGGGGCAUAUCUAUGAGAUGUCCACUGAUUGGAAUUUUGUGUACCCACUGAAGUUACAUAUGUAAAUAAUAAUCGAUAACACUGAGCUAUUAUUAGCUCAUUUUACAUAAAUUAUCUCACUUAAUCCUCAAAACAGCUCUAUAAAGAGCCUUCCUGGUGGUGCAAGGGGUUAAGCACAGCACUAUGAAGCAAUCCACAGCCUCUGCAGCAUGAGUUCGAUCCCUGGACAGCCAGGGAGCUACCCACAUGGCGUAGCAGACCUCUCCUGUCUCGCCCACUGCACCCUUCACCAGUGUAUUUCAGUCAGUCUGCCUGUUCUGUUCCCCACUCUGUCUCUGGUGAAUCCUCUCACCCCUCACACCUCUGGCCUCUACUCCAGCUCUUAUAUGCAUAAAUAAAUAUAUAUAUAAAAAGAAUAUAGUCUUAAGUGGCUGUAUCAUUUUGUAGAGUUCCUAUUACUCAGUAUCCUUGCCAACGUUUGGUGGUGUUAGUGUUUUUUAUAUUUUAGCCAUUUUAGUAAAUGUGUGGUGGUUCACAUUAUUAAUUUGUAAUUGCUUAAUGACAGCAUGAUGAACUCUUUCCAUAUUCAUUUGUCAUCUGUAUAUCUUCUUUGCUGAAAGUAUGUUCAAAUCCUUUGCCUAUUUUUUUAAUUGAGUUUCUUAUUGUUGAGUUUUAAGAGGUUUUUUUUUUGAGUUCUUUGUAUAGUUUGGGUAAAACUGUUCAUCAGCUAUAUAUUUGACAAAUAAUUUAUCCCAGCCAGUGGUUUGUCUUUUCAUGAACUUAAUAUUGUCUUUCACAGAGUAGACAUUUUAAAUUUUAAUGAAGUCAAACACCAUUUUUUUCCAUGGAUUGUACUUUUUGGUAUUGUUUCUAAGAAUUCGUUGUCAAGCUCAAGGUAACUUGUUUUUUCUUGUGUUGUCUUCUGGAAGUUAAUAGAGGUUUGCAUUUUACAUUUAAGUCUUUAAUCCAUUUUGAGUUAAUUUUUUAUUAAAGAUGUAAGGUCUGUGUCUAUAUUCUUGCUUUUUUUCUUUUUCAUAUUACGGCCCCAUUUGUUGAAAUGUCUGUCUUUUACCCACACGAUUGCCUUUGUUUUUAUGUCAAAGAUCAGCUUAUUUAUAUAUUUCUGGGUCUGUAUUGUGUUCCAUUGAUGACUGCAUUUUUACACCAAUACAGCUAUUAUAGCUUUAUAUUGUGUUGAUGUAACCAAUAUUGGUGGCAAGUCGGGGAUUUUGAAUAAACUUAGGUAUUAUAUAUUAUUGUAACUGAAAUAUAAAAGAAGGGUCAUUACUACAAAGCAGAAAGUGGGGAGGGAAUGAGUACAAGGGGUCAGUUGGUUGGUGGUGGAUGUAAAUGGACAUUUGGUGGCGAGAGUGGUGGAUAAAUGUAACCUUGGAACCUAUACUGUGUUAUGCAAUCUAAAUACAUGCAUACAUACAUAGCGCAUAUUGCAAACACAUACAAUAAAUAAAAAUUACUUAUUUGCAAAAAA